AUGGUGCUAAAUGAACGUUGUACAACAAAUGAAGAUCAGAAUGGAAAUGCAGAAAUUCAUCGUCUUGCUAAGUUUAUUAAACAAAAUGCAAUCAUUGAUGAUUGGGAAGUGAUAAAAAUUAUCGGUGCAGGUGCAAACGGUUUGGUUAUUCGUGUUAAGCAUAUUAAAACACAUAAAGUAGCAGUAAUGAAAAUUGCAAUUAAUCCGGCAACAUCCGGUUCAAUUAAUUGGGAAUGGAAUAUAUUAGAAAAAAUUAUGAAUCCAAAAAAUAAGGAAGAUCGAACAAAACAUUUGGUACGAAGAAUCGAUUAUGGUUAUACAUUUAAUAUGGAUAAAGAAAACAUAAGUUAUAUUAUAAUGGAAUAUUUGCCAGGAAAUCCAGUUAGUAUAAUUGGUCUUUUAAAAGGUAAUCAACUUUUAUCAAAGGUAGCUGAAUUUGGUCUUCAACUUCUUAAGGCUGUGUAUGAUUUACAUUGUCUUGGCUAUAUUCAUCGUGAUAUAAAGCCAGAAAAUGUUGGACUUUAUAAUGAUAACAUUCUUGUCUUGUAUGAUCUUGGAUUAGCACGAUUUUAUACAAAUCAAAAUGGACAAAUACGAGAACCACGAUGCUUAUGUGGUAUGCGUGGUACCGAUGAAUGGGCUAGUUUAUCAGCUGAAUUAGGAAGAGAUCAGGGACGAAUUGAUGAUCUUUGGGGAUGGUUUUAUGUUCUCAUCGAAUGGAUCAAUUGCGCUUCUAAAUAUCCUCUUUGUUGGGCACCUUUUGAUGAUUAUCCUGAUUUACGUCAUCUUUGUAAAUCAUCAAUAUUUCCUGCAAAAUAUGUUCUUCGAAAUUGUCCACCAGAAUUUUUCAAAAUACAAUGUUAUUUACGAUGUUUAAAUUGUGAUGAUUCACCGAACUAUUUCUAUUUGGCUACAUUAUUAGAUGAUGUUAAAAAGAGAGCAAAUGGUGCAAACCCUGUAAAAUUUUUACAACAAUCAUCAAAUAUUGAUAUUGAACGAGCUGAACGUUUGUCACAAUUAGAGCUUGAAUAUUUUUAA